AAUUUGUACCCAUGGGAACGCGUGGCAGUGUGGCACCCGGAAAUACUAGGAUCACGCCUUCCUUGAACUUUCUCGGAGAAGGGCCCACACAAAAAAUGUGCCCGUUCAAUCAAACUCUUCACGACUUCACCUCCUUCCAUAUUCAAAUCUGCAAUUUCUGUGUGUAUUCCCCGCUGUUCCAUCAAAUCACAACCAACAAGGAUUUCCUAACAUAAAGACAAUACCGUGUUUUAGAUCCCCAUCCAGGAUUGGGAUACUCAUCAAUUUUGUUUAUAUCCGCAUCUGUUUGUAAACAAAAUUAUUACAGAGUUUUCAUGCAUGUGUGUAUACAUAGAUACAUGUAUAAACAGAUAAUAGAUGAUGGAAGGUGAAAACCCAUUAUUUAACAUCAUCAAGGCGAGAUUUACAAGGCCUUCAUGGGCUUUUCUGUUGCUUGUUGUCACAGUGGUAACGAUUUUCGGCAUUCAGAUCACAAAGAAUUCCCUGUUUCCAAUCGAGUCGGUAACCGGACGGGCUGGUUUCUCGGGUCCGGGUGGACCCAGGACUUGCUCCGGGCUUUUCAUGGAGGUCCAGCCGAGAAAGAUGGUGAAAUCAAUCAUUCAGUUUGGUGGGGUGGGCGAUGGGAAAACCUCUAAUACUGCGGCGUUUCGAAAGGCGAUGGGGUACAUGGAUAGCUUCCGGCAGAAAGGUGGGGCCCAGUUGAAUGUUCCAAAAGGUAGAUGGUUAACAGGAAGCUUCAAUCUUACCAGUAAUUUCACUCUGUUUCUUGAAGAUGAUGCUGUUAUCCUGGGAUCUCAGGACCCUGAGGAAUGGCCCAUCAUCCAGCCAUUGCCUUCUUAUGGAAGAGGGAGAGAGAGGUUAGGAGGGAGACAUAUUAGCCUCAUCCAUGGAGAUUCCCUUACCAAUGUUGUGAUUACAGGGAAUAAUGGCACUAUUGAUGGUCAGGGAAAGAUGUGGUGGGAUCUUUGGUGGAAUAGGACUCUAAAGCACACCAGAGGUCACCUUGUUGAAUUCAUCAACUCAAAUAAUAUCCUAAUCUCCAACCUAACUUUCCUCAAUUCUCCAUUCUGGACUGUUCAUCCCGUUUAUUGCAGCAAUGUUGUGAUCAAAGACAUGACAAUCUUGGCACCCCUCAAUGCUCCAAAUACUGAUGGCAUAGAUCCAGAUUCAAGCACAAAUGUCUGCAUUGAAGAUUGUUAUAUUGAGAGUGGUGAUGACCUGGUAGCCGUGAAGAGUGGCUGGGACCAAUAUGGUAUCACCAUGUCACUUCCAAGUGUAAACAUCACUAUAAGGCGAGUUUCAGGCACAACUCCUACGUGCUCUGGUGUUGGAAUUGGAAGUGAAAUGUCUGGUGGAAUUAGAAAUAUCAUUGUAGAGGAUUUAUACAUAAGAGAUUCAGCAGCCGGGGUGCGAAUAAAAACUGACAAGGGAAGAGGAGGGUAUAUAAGGAAUAUCACUAUGCGUAACAUAACAAUGGAGAGAGUCAAGGUACCUAUAAGGUUUAGUAGAGGUGCAAAUGACCACCCUGAUGAGAAAUUUGAUCCUAAAGCCUUACCAAAAGUUCAAGGGAUUUCUAUAGUUGAUGUGGUUAGUGUGGAUUCGAGAAAAGCUCCCUUGCUACUGGGUAUAGAAGGUGCCCCAUUUGAGGAUAUUUGCAUGAAAAAUGUUAGUAUACAAGGUUUAUCCCCUUCUAUAAGUUGGAACUGUGAGUUUAUCUCGGGCUUUAGUGAAGGAGUGUUCCCUGUGCCAUGUUUAGAGUUGCAAAAAAAUGGAUCCUCAUCAUGGUGUUCAUAUUCUUAAGGUUUUGUUAUGAUGGCUUAGAAAUUUGUGGUAUUAUAGCUGACACUAAUCUUAUUGUAGUUGCGGAACAUGUGAUAGAAGUGAAGGGGUUUGCUUAGUUUGUAUAUAACAUCCUGCGUAGAAAGGAAAUCUGGGGCUCAUCGCAGGCCUAUAAGAAGGAAAGUUCCUAUUGGCUUGCAUUUUGGUACAGUAUCGUGUUUUCACAUUCAGCUGUACAUGCAUUUUUUUUGAGAAUACUUCUGUUGGAACAACCCACAUCAAUUGCAGGAAUCUUAAUCAAAUGCAUCCGCGUCAACAUGGCGUUUCUUCUUUUUCUGUUUUCAGAGUUCCUCGUCCAUUUUGUCAGUUUUCGAUAUUUAAUGAUGGAAAUGCUUACAGAGAUAAAGAGAGUUGAAAUACAUGUAAAGGUAACAUUUUUGCUGCCUAUUUUACUGGGGUGCAAUAUUUAUUAGAACGGAUCUGAAAUUCUUUGUAUUAGUUCAUCAUAAAGCAGAAGUCCAGGAUUCUGGAACUCUGAUGAUAUAUAUAAAUUAUACAGAAUUCUUCUCCUGCCA